GCGAGUUUCAGGAGGAUUCGAAGGUGCAGUGCGAAGCAGUCAACAUGAAGAUUUCACUCGCCGCGCUUUUCUUUGCGCUUGGCGUCGUCACGGCGACCGACACAGAGUUGCGGUGCGAGUGCAACGGUCGCUCGGGCGUGUGCGUGCGCGACGCGCUGGGUCUCCGUUGCGUGGAUUGCUCGGGCAACGGCCGAGGUCGGCGCUGCGAACGCUGCCAAGACGGAUUCCGCCAAGGAGGGCCGACGCUCGGCUGCGUGCCGUGUGGCUGCCACCCCGCGGGUUCUGUCAGCGGCAGGUGUGACAGCAGGGGGCGCUGUGUCUGCAGAGAGGGCGUCACAGGAACAAAGUGUGACCUCUGCCCCCGAGGACCAAUCGGCCCCCGCGGAUGCUCACCAAGGCGCAGUCCCAGAGAGGAUUCCGGCAGCGCGUUGUGUUUCUGUUACGGUCACAGCAGCCAAUGUUCCGCCCAGUCGGCGUACGGCGUCCACAACAUCCGGAGCACCUUCGAGCACGGUCCCGAGGGUUGGAAGGCGGCCGCCGCUCACGGCCUCACGCCGGCGGACGUCCGCUCCCGCUGGUCCCCCAAGUACGAGGACGUGGAGGUGAUCUCCGGGAGCGGUCCGCCGGUGUACCUGUACGCGCCAGCUUCUUACCUGGGCAACAAGUUGCUGAGUUACGGUCACAACUUGUCCUUCUCGCUGCGUCUGGACCGCGGCAUCCGACGCCCGUCUAUCGACGACGUCGUUCUGGAAGGUUCCGGUCACCGGGUCUCGGCUUCGCUGGGCGACCUGCGCUCUGUCGUUCCCUGCGGGCAGAAGAUCGACUACACCUUCAGACUGGACGAGCAGCCAGGCAGCAGGUGGCGCCCUCAGCUCACGCCCUUCCAGUUCCAGACACUCCUCCAGAACCUGAGCGCCAUCCAGAUACGAGCCACCUUUGGAGACAGAGGACGCGGUUACCUGGACAACGUCAAAAUGGUGUCGGCGAGGCGAGGGGACGGCGCCCCGGCCCGCUGGGUGCGGACCUGCGUCUGUCCGCCGGGAUACGAGGGCGACUUCUGUCAACAAUGCUCAGCGGGUUUCAGACGGCGGAGGGCGGCGGACGGAGCGUUCAGCCCUUGCGAGCCCUGCGGCUGCAAGGGGGGCGACUGCGACCCGCAAACGGGCGACUGCUACCCCGCGGAUGAGACGCAAACCUGCUCGGACGGGUUUUACUGGGACCCGUGGAUGCGGACCUGCGUGACGUGCCCCUGUCCCAGGGGAGUGCCGUGCUCGCCGGUCGCCGGGUCGGCACGGCCGCAGUGUCACGUCUGUCCGCCCGGAACCACGGGGCUACGCUGCGACGAGUGUCUGGAGGGUUUCUACGGCUCGCCCGGAGGGGGCGCCGGAGGGCGGCGGCCGUGCCGACCCUGCCGGUGUAACGGCCACAUUGACGUCAGAGUGGCGGGAAGCUGCGAUCGAACCGGCGGCGAAUGUCUGAAGUGCGUCAACAACACGAUGGGUCGCAGCUGCGAUGUAUGUUUGGCCAACUUUUAUCACCGCAGCCUGGAGCAGGCCUGCAGACCAUGCGACUGCAAUCUUCGGGGCUCCGAGUCGCUGCAGUGCGACGACGGCGGUCGCUGUCGCUGCAGACUGGGCUUCGACGGUCCCAAGUGUCAGACGUCCCGGGAGUGUCCCGCCUGUUUCGACGCAGCCAAAGUCAAGGCGGAGGAGUUGGCUUUCAAAGUUCAGAAGUUGCAGGCGCAGAACUCCGAGAUGGGUGCCGGACUCAAUACUGGCAACAACACCAAUAUAGAGGCCGUGAUAAGUGCGGCCGAGGCGCUGGUGGACGACCUGGAGGGCGAUGCGGAGCAGCUAGCAGACCUGGAGAAGCGGCUGCGGGACAGUCUGACGUCUAUCGGCCGCGCUCGACUGUCCGAGGAACGGGACGUCCAGAACACGGCCGACGCGACCGGUGACAUCAAACGACGGCAGCUGACCUACGUGACCAAAGGAGAUCGGCUUCAGAAUUUAGUGGAGGACAUGAAACGCAAACUGGACGAGGCCGAGUCAAGUCUCCGGGCGGCUGAGUUUCCGGCAGGCGAUGCUCCCCUGACUCCAAACCUUCUCUCCUCGUUGUCGCGGGCCGCGACAAGCUUGGCUGAUAAACAUCGGACGAAGGCGGUGGCGGUGGAGCGGAGUGCCAAGGAGGCUCUGGGCGACUCUGAGAAAAGUCUGGCACUGGUCCGGAAUCUUCUCAACAAAGGGAACAAUGUCAAAGAUCUGAUCGGAGGAGUGCGAACUGCGUAUGACGGGAUGGCGGCGCGGGUCAAGGGUUUGGAGAACCGGGCGAUCCGCGUGGGCGGUGAGGCCACGGACGAGAGCGACAAGGCCAAAGGCAUGCUGGAAGACAUCAGCAGGACGGCCAGAGACGUCCCGCCCGCCCUGACGGGCGACACGGACGCCACGGCCGCCAAGCUGGACCUCCUGAAGAAGGCGGCAGACGGGAGCGUGGCGGGCUUCACGGCACUGCGGGACGACGUACAGCGGGACACGGUUGCCGCCCAGGACAUGCUGGAGCGAGGCAGGAGUGCCAUCCGGGACACAGAUGCGCUGACAGGCCGAGUGGACGCCGCCCACGCCGACACCAAGGGGGCGCUGCGGCGCAUAAACAGCAACACCGACAAGCUGGACGCCGCCCUCGGCACUCUGAGAGGCUUCGACCGGCAGAUCGCCGCCAACCAAGCGCAAGCGGACGCCGCCGUCGAGCGGCUUCCUGCUGUCCGCGCGACCGUUCGGCGAGCCGCCGAGAACAACGCUGAGACGCGGGGCUCGCUGGACGCCGUGUCCGCGGAUUCGGACACGGCCAUGGCGUCCAUCAACCGGCUGGAAAAGCUGAUCCCCGUUCUGGAGGGAGCAAUCGGGUCCGUACCGCCUCUCGGAAACGAGGCCACCGACGUGAACGACGGCGUCAAGGCACUGCGGACACUGGCGGGCGAUGUCGGCGCAGACCUCGACGCCGAGCUCAGCGCCGGCAGGAAAACGGAAGCGGACGCGGGGCAGGCUGGAGAUGCCGCCGCCACCGCCCUGAGGAACGCCAAACUGGCCAGAGACGCCGUGGGAAGAAUGCUGCAAGACAUUGCCGAAGGGAUGGUCAACAUCAACCAAACGGGUACGUUCGACCCGGACCGCCUCGAGGAGCUGGAGGACUCGGUGGCGGCGGCCCACCGCAACGUGGAGACACGUCUCAAGCCUCAGCUCAGGGACGCGGCGGCGCGGGAAGCGGCGCAGCGCCGCCUGCUGGCCGUCUUAAAUGGGGACAUCGACGCCAUCUUGGGAGACAUCGCCAACCUGGAGGACAUCUUGAAGACCGUACCCAGCGGGUGCUUCAACAGCCCCCCCAUUGAGAAGGCCUGACACGUCACCGCCCAGGAAUUUCGCCAUGCCCGAGACAACAGGCCAGAUUCAAUCCCAUUCGCUCAAAGGCAACUUUUGUCUUUUGGAUCUCGCUUUUCACUUCACGUCGUCGCUCAUCACGUGACCCGUCUCAGGCGGAGGCUCCUCCCCUUUCUGGAGCCGCACACAAAUCGACGCCGUCGGGCGGAAACCGCCUCGGUCCGAAUUUGGUUUCAAUUUCAAUCAAUAUUUGUCCAGAACUCGAUACUAUCGGACAGUCCUGAGUCUGGUGCUGUUAUUGUACCACAUUAUUUAGCCUUGUUAUUAAGAGUUGAAUAUAGUUUGAGAAAUUUGACGAUACAAUGUUCAGUAACUCAAAAAAUGUUUCAUGUUUUGGGAGAUGCGAGGAUUCUGCCCAACAGCAAAUAGACGCACGCGCACGCGCACACGCAGGCUACUCAAAGUCUCCUGUGACACGUUUCCCAUUUUUCUAUUUAUAUAACAAUUUGUACAUACUGACACCUUUUGACUUCUCCUGCUGACACGUGAGCUAAUCGAUUCCAUGUAAUCAAUAUGAUUGUCCUGGAAUUGAAUAAAAUGCUGAAGAAGUUU